UUUUCUCCCAUCUUCUUCUUUCUUCUCUUUCAUUUUUCUCAUACCUUAUCCAAAUUCACUUUCCUUUUUCUCCUCUCUUCCUUAACUCCACUCAUAUGUUUCACUUUCUCAUCUUAAUCUUUCCUUUCCUCUUCUCUCUGUUUCCUCUUCUUUUUCCUUUUCCUUUCAUCUUCAUUUCUUAUACUUUCCUUCUUGCUUUUCUCUUGUUCUCUCCAUUCCUCUUCCUUUUCUUCCUCCUCCUCUUUUAAUAUGUUACUUGAAAUAAGAGGAAAAUCUGGCAAGAAAAAGGAAAGGGGGAGAAUUGGUUAGGCAUGGAGUACAAGGUGAAACCUAAAGAAUAUGCGUGGCUUGAGGGAAGUUAUGUGGGGGGCAAAUUAGUGUUGCUUGACGGUGAAGACAAAGAGGAGUUAAAGGAUCUAGUGGAGAUGGCAUCAAAUUGGCUAGGGCAGUGGUUUGAAGAGGUAUGCCCUUGGUCACCAGAUAAGAUAGCUAAUGAAAGGUUUCUGUGGGUAAGAUGCCAAGGAGCACUAUUGAAUGUUUGGGGACCAAAUUUCUUUGCAACAAUGGGUAGCUCUUGGGGGAAGCUUAUAUGCUUGGAUGAUAGUACAAGUAGAAGAAUGAUGUUCGACAUUGCAAGUAUUAGGUUCAUGGAGGAGGAGUUCACCAACAACUUCUUUUCCUUGAAACAAGACUUCCUACCAGCAUUCCAAUCGAAAGAAUAUGAAUCAUGGUUGACUGAUAGCACCAAAGAGGACCAUGAAAUCAAAGAUACAAACAUAAGGAAGCAAGCUAAGGGAAGAAUCGUUGAUGAAGAGGAGGAAGAAGAUGACGUGGCAAGCUGCAGGAGGGAAAGCAAUGAGCAUAGAGAAAGGGCAGAAAAGGCAGCACAGAAGAGUGGGAAUGAGGAUUUAGGUGUAAGUACCGAUGAAGAUGAGGAAAAGCAAUUGGGCCUAGUGGGAUACAUUGAUAGGAAGCAAGUUGAAAAAGAAAACAAAAAGGAUGGCUAUUCGGAUGGAGAGCGGGUAGGAUGCGGUUGGAUAUCUAGAGAAAUGAGGGAGUUCGAUUGCUUUAUUAAAGAAGCUGGAUCAGUUGAUCUACCUUUGAUUGAAGAGAGGUGGCAAAGACCUAAGCUUGAUGGCAUCACUUUCCAACAGAUUGACAUGGCUAACAAUGAGUUCCUCACAGCUUCAUUUUCUGAAGAGGAGAUAAAAAAUGAUGUUUGGGAUUGUGAGUCUUCAAAAUCUACAGGCCCAGAUGGUUUUAAUUUCAAAUUUGUGAAAAGCAUGUGGGAAGACAUAAAAGCUGAGAUAGUUGGGUUUGUUAAGGAGUUUCAUGAACAUGAGAAGCUAGUAAAAGGAUCAAACACCUCCUUUAUAGUUCUAAUCCCUAAGAGGGGUUUAUACAAAGGUGUGACAGUGGGUAAUGAAGUUGUGACGGUGACCCACUUACAAUUCGUGCAUGAUACAAUAUUUUUUGGGGAGGCAACAGAAGACAACAUAGGGGUGAUUAAAAGCAUAAUGAGGACCUUUGAGCUGGUUUCUGGAUUGAAAAUUAAUCUUGCAAAGAGCCAACUUAUGAGUAUUGGUGUUGAAGACGACUGGGGAAGUAAAAUGGCAUAUAGAUUAUGGUGCAAAGAAGGGGAACUUCCUUUUAAAUACUUGGGGAUUCCCAUUGGUGAGAAACAUAAAAGGCUUGUAGUGUGGCAGCCUUUGUUGGAUUCCGUUAAAAAGAAGCUAACGAGCGGGAAAGGUCGGUAUCUUUCUCUUAGAGGUCGAAUCACGCUCAUUAACUCUGUGUUGUCUAGCUUGCCCAUGUUCGUAAUGUAUGUCUUCCUAAUCCCUAAAGGUACUCUCAUCUCCAUUGAUAAAAUGUGUAUCUGUUUUUUAUGGGGUGGGGAGGAAGAAGGAAAAAAAAUUAAUUGGGUUAAAUGGGAAAAGGUGUGUAAGAAUAAAGAGUAUGGUGGGCUAGGAGUGAGGGACUUGAGGAAGUUUAACUUGGCAUUAAUGGGUAAAUGGUGGGGGCCAUUAGCAACAUGUGAGGAAGGCUUGUGGAAGAAAGUUAUAGUAGCUAAAUAUGGUGAGGGAGGGAGACAUUGGACGGAUUGGGUUAGAAACGAAGUAGGAGCUAGUUCAAUAUGGUGGAAAGAUAUCCAGGGAAAGGAAAAAGAUUGCAUUCAAAUGGGCAAUAUGUACAACGGAACAUGGAAAUGGAACCUCACAUGGAGAAGGAAUCUGUUCAAACGAGAAGAAGAGGCUGUCAUGGAACUUAGUAGAAUGAUUGAGGAAGUGAAAGUAACUCCCGGCUAUCCUGAUAAAUGGGAGUGGACUCACAGCAAGGAUAGCCAUUAUUCAACUCCAACUGCAUACUCACUUUGAUAAAAGAGCAAAGGAACCCAAUUGAAGCACAAAUAUUUAACAGAGUAUGGAACCCCAUUAUCCCAAGGAAAAUCUCUGCUUUCAACUAGCAAUUAUUGCUGGAGAAAAUUCCAACUAAGUCCAACUUAAUGAAAAGAGGGAUUGACA